CAUCCCGAUAUCAGCCCACCAUGAGUGGAAGGUGCCAACUCCGAACCCGUCUCUUUUCCCGCUUCGCCAGAAACCUCGCCGCUGCCUCAGUACCCGCACCUUGCUCCUGCCCUCCUUCCCCUUCUUUUUUUCCUGAAGCCGAGACCACGAGCUGCUCUACUGAAUCCAUCGAUGCUCUCUGCCGCCACGGUUUCUUCCAUGAAGCCUUUGAUCAAUGCCUCCGACUACGAUCCCUUAAAGCUGCACGCCGCCUCCAUUCCCACCUUAGAUCACCUCCCUUUAAUCCUCCUACCACCUUAUUCAAUCGCCUCAUUUAUGCUUACUGCAAAUGCGGAAGCCUCGUCGACGCCCGCAAGAUGUUCGACGAAAUGCCCCACAGAGACACCUGCUCAUUUAACACCCUUAUGGCCGGUUACUCCAAUGCUGGUGACCUCGCUGAGGCCUGUCGCCUCUUUGAUGAGAUACCUAUACGGGAUCACUUCUCCUGGAGCAGUAUCAUUGCUUGUUAUACCCAUCACAACUUUCCCACUCAGUCGCUUGAACUGUAUAGGCGAAUGCUUCGAGAAAUGGCCGCUGAAAAUUCGAAAUACAGCAACAGAUUCACUGCUUCAAGUGCUCUUGCUGCUUCAACGGCUGUUUUAAGCCUCCGGCAUGGGAGGGAGAUUCAUUGCCACAUAGUCAGGGCUGGGCUGGAAUCUGAUGCCGUUGUUUGGAGUGCGCUCUCAGACAUGUAUGCUAAGUGUGGGAGCAUCAAGAAUGCACGUCAAGUGUUUGAUUUGAGUUCUGACCAAGAUGUUGUUUCUUGGACUGCAAUGAUUGGGAGGUAUUUUGAUGCGGGUAGGAGAAUGGAGGGGCUUGAGCUCUUUCGUCAUAUGUUCAGCACCUGCGUUCGACCAAAUGAUUUCACCUUUGCUGGCGUUUUGGAUGCUUGCUCAGAGCUCGCUGUUGAAGGGCUUGGAAGAGAGGUCCAUGGCCACAUGAUCAGAGUUGGCUCUGACCCUUCAUCUUUUGCUGCCAGUGCUGUUUUGCACAUGUACUCCAAAUGUGGAAACAUUGAAAAGGCCAAUAUUUUCUUUGAAAGAAUGCUGAAACCCGAUUUGGUCGCAUGGACUUCGCUAAUCUCCGGAUUUGCUCAGAAUGGUCAACCCAGAAAGGCUCUCCUUUAUUAUGACCUGCUGCUUGAAUCUGGGAUUAGGCCAGAUCACAUUACCUUUGUUGGAGUUCUUUCAGCAUGUGUACAUGCUGGUCUGGUUGAUAAAGGCAUUGAGAUUUUUAAUUCAAUAAAGGAGAAAUUUGAGCUCAGGCACACCACCGACCACUAUUCAUGUGUUGUUGAUCUCCUCAGCAGAGCAGGGCGGUUUCAGAAAGCAGAAGAGAUAAUUAAUGGGAUGCCAAUGAAGCCUGAUAAGUUCUUAUGGGCUUCUCUCCUUGCUGGCUGCAGGAUACAUAGAAAUCUGAAGUUAGCCAAAAGAGCAGCAGAAUCUUUAUUUGAUAUAGAGCCCGAAAACGCUGCAACCUAUGUGACAUUGGCCAAUAUCUAUGCCUCUGCUGGCAAGUGGGAUGAAGUUGAGAAAAUUCGUAGAAAAAUGGAUGAAAGAGGCGUUGUAAAGAAGCCUGGUUCAAGUUGGAUUGAGGUUAAGCGAAAAGUUCAUGUGUUCUUAGUAGGGGAUGAUUCACAUCCACUGGCAAAACAAAUCUAUGCAUUCCUGGAGAAAUUACAAAUCAAAAUGAAGGAAGAAGGGUAUGUGCCAGAUACAAAUUUUGUGCUGCAUGAUGUUGAAGAGGAGCAGAAAGAGAAUAAUCUUUCAUACCACAGCGAGAAGCUUGCUGUUGCUUUUGGAAUUUUUGCUACACCACCUGGAACAUUUAUCAGGGUAUUUAAGAAUCUUAGAAUUUGUGGGGAUUGUCAUACUGCUUUUAAGUUUAUCUCGAACAUUACAGGAAGGGAAAUAAUUGUUAGGGACUCAAACAGAUUCCAUAAAUUUAAGAAUGGAGACUGUUCUUGUGGGGAUUAUUGGUAAGUUUUUGGAUCAAUAUCAGUAUAUUAUACUGGAUCUUAGUAUGUUA